AUGUACUUUACGCCCUCUCGCACCCUCCAGUAUCUGCGCGACCUCCUCGACCCGCAAAACGAAAUCGUACUAGCCAAAAACCGCUCAAAGCUACUCCUAGCCCUGAUCCCGGAUUUUCUGACCAUCUACCCGUGUGCUGAAAUUAUUCGGGAAUGGGAGUCGAAGUUACCUGCAACGGAGGACCAAAAGGGUGUGCCACCGCCGUUUCUGUUGGGUGGUCAGGACUCGUUUUGGGAGGAUUUGGGCGCGUAUACGGGUGAAGUUUCGCCGUUGGCGCUUCGGGAGAUUGGUGCCUCGCUUGUUGAAUUGGGGCAUGCGGAGCGUCGGGAUUUGUUUGGUGAGACAGAUCAAAUCACAGGUAAAAAAGCGGCUGCGGUAUCGAGACAGGGUCUGAUUCCGCUGGUGUGUAUUGGUGAAUUGAGUGCGCCGGGCCAAGUCGCCUCUGAAGCUGUCGGACUGGCAGUCAGGGAAUGCGAAACGCAGAUCCGUGCUGUGCUCAAAGCGUUGCCGGAUCAUGCGCCAGUCAUCUUUGCAUAUGAGCCUGUCUGGGCUAUCGGAAAGCCGCAGCCGGCGGGUGUUGACCAUGUUGCGGCUGUUGUCGCAGGAAUAAGAGCUGUGAUUGGAAAGAGGCAAGGCGACGUUAGAGUUUUGUAUGGUGGAAGUGCUGGACCGGGCCUGUGGAGUGCAGGCGGCUUGGGCAAGGCUGUUGAUGGGAUGUUUUUAGGGAGGUUUGCGCAUCAGGUCGAGGGUGUUAGGAAGGUUGUCAGAGAGGUUGAGGAGAAUUUGUCGUAG